AUGGUUCACUAUUCGCUUGACCCAGGGAACCCCAUAAAAUCAUGUAAAUCAAGAGGUUCAAAUCUACACAUUCAUUUGAAGAAUACUUGUCAAACUGCCCAGGCUAUCACAGGUAUGCAUAUCCGAAAAGCCACCAAGUAUCUAAAGAAUGUCAUGUUACAAAAGCAAUGUAUGCCAUUCUGUCUUUACAAUGGUGGAAUUGAUAAGUGUGCCCAGGCCAAACAGUGGGGUUGGACGCAGGGUCGUUGGCUCAAAAAGAGUGCACCAUUUUUACUGCACAUGCUUACAAAUGCAGAGAGGAAUGCUGAACUUAAGGGUUUAGAUGUAGACUCUCUGGUCAUUGAACACAUCAAGGGGAACAAAGCUCCCAGGAUGCAGCACAGAAUUUACAGAGCUCACUGGCAGACUAACUCACACAUGACCUCUCCCUGCCACAGUAAGAUGGUCCUAACUGAGAAAGAGCAGAUUGUUCCUAAGCCAGAAGAGGAGGCUACACAGAAGAAAAAGAUCUCCCAGAAGAAAAUAAAGAAACAAAAACUUACGGCCUGGGAGUAA